CUGCUACUGUGGAUCAGAGACUCGCCCAGUCCGCAAAUAAUUCGCGAUCGGCUGUUGUCCGAUGACACCUUCCGCGCAUCACUCAUCCUGUGGCUCGAAAGUUGCCAAAAAGGCGAAUACUCCCUGUCUUCUGAAUCAGAUAUUCGUGCGUCUUUGGCUCACCAACGCCGCGCACAUCAGACCCACAGCAGUGAGGAUCUGGACGACAUUGAAGGAGACGGCGGUACGUUCCGCGACCCAGCGACGGUGCUGCCUACGCCACCGCCGCCUGACGCGGACGACCCCGCACUUCGCGAAUGGUAUUCAUCUGUUUGCAGGGACACCGACGAAGUCGUCUAUCUUUCUAACAGACAUGAUCGUAAGCACACAAAGGGUUGCCUUCGGGGCAAAAUCCCCAACCAAUACUGCCGCGCUCGCUUUCCCCGUGAGACUCGUCCCGAAACUUUAGUCGAUCCCGAGAACGGCGCGUUGCGCUUCAAACAAAGCGACCCUUGGCUCAACAUGUACAACAUCGUAUUAUCGUUUCUUAUCCGUUGUAAUACUGACGUCUCCUCCCUUCUCUCAGGCACUCAAGUCCGUGCUGUUAUCGCAUAUGUGACCGACUACAUCACCAAAGCACAAUUGAAAACCUAUUCCGUUUUCGAGGCGGUGAAGUCUGUU